AUGUCCCGUCAAUCCCACUCUGACUCUGACAGCCUCGCUUUAUCCCACAAUCGGUAUGGAAUUACCGAAUUUUUCGAGGGCUUUCCCAACAAUUGCAGGGCCGAUAUCGUCUUUGUCCACGGCCUGACGGGCAACUCGGAUACAACAUGGAGACACGAGAAUGCAGACCUGCCAUGGCCGGAAGAACUCCUCGCAAGGGACAUAAGAAACUGCAAAAUCUUAAAGUACGACUACAACAUAUCUAAUAUCAAUGGCCUGGGAAAAGACCUGGCGAGGCUUGCUGCCGACCUACUUAAUGAGCUCGUCAAUUGGAGACGUGAUAAUAAGUCAGAGCGCCCCAUCAUCUUUGUCGCUCACAGCCUGGGAGGUCUCUUGGUCAAGCGCUUACUCCCAGAGUCCCAGUCUCGAAGUGCGCCCUACAACAUCGGAGCCCUCACUCGCGGUGUCAUCUUUCUCGGCACUCCUCAACGCGUGUCAAGAUUACAGGAACAUGGGCAUAAAAUCUUGCAAGCUCUUCGAGGCAAUAGAGCUAAUAGAUUGGAACCAAACGUCGAGUUGCGGGCCAUCUUCCAGCCAACCUCGGAUGUCCUCGACAAAACUCACAGCUCGUUUAUGGAUUGGCUCGCACAGAGAAAUGAGGACCCUCUGAAGCCUACUGUCCACAUCGCAUCCCUCUAUGAGAAAUUGCCUACAAUGAAAUUACCGGGGCUGGGAGAUGGUUACUGCACCGUCAGAGCCCAAAUUGUCAAAGCAGUUCGCUUGGCUAAGCUUCAGGAUGAACUUGCUCUACGAGAUACAGCCGAGCCUAGCAAGAACGAGCUGGAAUUGUGGCGAGCAUGUUUGCAAUCCUUUGCCUUUUCUGACGUUCGACAGCGGUUCGAAACCGUGAGCCCUCAUCUCAGAGGAACAUUCCGAUGGAUUCAUUACUGCCAUGACUUUUGGGCUUGGCUUGAAGAUCCCAGCAAGAACAUUUUCUACAUGUCUGGAAAGCGCGCAUCUGGGAAAUCAACAUUCAUGAAAUACCUAACACGAAACGAAGCACUUGCUUCGUGGGCUCGCAUACAAAACCCUUCCAGAGAGGUCAUCGUUCUCAGUCACUUCUUUCACUAUGCUGGACAAGAUCCUUCGCGGAAGUUUGAAGGAUUCCUGAGAUCUAUUCUGUUCCAGAUGGUCGAGAAAGACUUUGCCGCCUUCAAACCAGUCCAGCCGUUCUUCGAGGGGCGCAGAAAUUACCAGCAAUCACCAACCUGGCCUCGAGAUGACCUGGAAAAGGCAUGCUUGGAAGUCUUUAAAGAAUGGGGAAGACGGAUGGACAGUCAACGUCCAAAUAUCUAUCUCAUCAUGGAUGCAUUGGACCACUUUGAUGGAGAACUUUGCGAGAUGACUUCCUUUCUUUUGGAAAUAUUCAAACUAUCCGGCAGACGACUCAAGAUAUGCAUCUCCAGUCCGCACGAGGAGAAGAUCGACAAUGCCUUUACCAACCUUAAAGACAUGGGUGACCUCUCAAGACUUGAGAUCCAUCAGCACACCAAACAGGAUAUCGCCCUGUACAUCAAGCGGAAUUACCGAAAGCUCACAGAACUCUCAGUGGGCGAGAAAACGUUUGCCGAUGUGAUUUUGGAUCACUCCCAGGGCGUCUUCCUCUGGGUUCGGCUAAUGUGCAACAACCUGGUCAACCGCGCAAUGACAAAGACAGAGUUGGACAAAACCUCGGACGAGGAGCUACAGCGUAUGCUCAACAAUCUACAACCUGAUCUGGAGAAGUUUUACGAGAUGAUGUUCAACGCUAUUGAACCAGACCUCCGAGACGAGGUUGAAAAGGGACUGUCCAUUGUGGUAGCAGCCUCGAGAAGUUUGACCGUCGAGGAACUACAGUGCGCUACGUAUUUCAGCAACCACAAGAACAUCAUGAUCAUCAACAACGAUGACAAUCGCAGCAGCAACAGUACCGGGACCGGGAACAAACCAAAGAGUAAAAUCAGCAAGGAGUAUCUGACUCGUCUCGGAGUAUUCAACCAAGAUUUGCAGACCAUCAUCGAAACAAGGUAUCGCGGAUUCUUGCAAAUAACCAAGGUUCAAGGUGGUGAUGCUGAACCCAGACUAAUCAUCGAACCUUGCCAUGGGACAGCUUCUACCUACCUGAUCAAACGCUGCAAACCUCAAGGCCCUGGGGCAACCUUCAGGGAUCUCGUGGCCUACGGGGACCACCUUCUUUACGAAUCAUCGAGAGCAUACCUCGGUUACUUGGAGAAAGGAGAUCUACCUCCAGAAGCAUCCAAAGCUCUGGAAUUUCUCUUCGGUGCCAAAAAUGGAAAACAGUCGAAUCCUAACGAAACAAAGGGGGGGGAGAACACCUCGAGCUACAUGGGGAGCAUGACAGUAUCCCUAGAUAAGCUGAAGACGGUAGAUAUCGAGAAAUUCUGCUCAGAGUACCCCUUCCUAUCCUACUCGGCCGAAUGCUGGGGCCAUCACGCAAAGGUCGGCUGCCUAACCAAGAUGGAACCAGUUCAGGUACUCGAAGGCGACGCAUUCCAGUGUUUCCUGUGGGUAUUUUGGGAGCUCAUGGAGGCUAGACCAGCCAACCCAUAUACCUUCUCAGAUUUACCACUUGAUGCACUGGAAUAUCUUUGCUCGACGGGUUGUGCUAACUACCUAGACCGGGCUCUAGACAAGCAGCCGGAAAGGAUAAGACAUCCUGAACGGCUGCUCCUAUUCACCAUCCGAGCCAAGAACCUUUACAUGGUGGGUCGUCUACUACAGCAUUAUCCGCUUAAGAAGCUCCAUGUCAACCACGGCGAACAAGCCGUGUUGCAGGCCAUCGACUUCUCCAACAAUCCGGAUUGGGGCAAACAUUGGGCGAAGCACUACGCAAAAUUGACCAAGAAUCUUCUGGAUCAUAGAUUUCCUGCACACAAAAGAGUCGAGUACACCAUUCGCGAUGAGCAUUGGAACACGAACCCAGAAAUCCGAGUUCGGAAGAGACAGUUUGAAUGCAACCCCCUACUUCUAGCAAUCCUGCUUAAACGCAACUACAUCGCCGAAGAACUCCUGACACAUGAGUCGUGCGAGAAGGCGGUUCAUCAGGAAAUCGACUGGGUUCUACAACGAGUGAUCGAAAUGACGACUUUUAUCCAGCCCGCCAACAUUAGCGGCAUCGAAUUGCUCCUACGCAACGGCGCAAAUGCCAACACUUCAGGUUCGAACUCGCCCAAGAGCACACUCCUCGGCAUGGCACUCUAUCUCAAGGAGUUCGACGUUGCUGAGACACUCCUGAACCACGGGGCUGAUCCCAACUUUCGCGGCGAUCAUGCCAGCCAGCUCAGUUUCAUGGCAGAGACCGAGAACGACUUCCCAAAGGGUGUUCAGCUGCUGUUACGCUCAGGUGCUAGCGUAGAUGUGUGGUCCAUGGAGCAAUGCUGUAAGGGACGCCGAGGAGCAAAGGACGUUAAAGAUGUUGUUUUCUUCUUGAUGGACCAUUUGUGCAAGAAUGGGGGUAUCGAUCAGUUGAUACAAGGCCGAGAGACCGCUCUACACAUCGCGAUUCGCUGCGGUCGGGAAGACCUUGUCGAAAGGUUGAUUCAAGACCUGGAAGCCAACACCAACAUCCCGGACCACAAUGGAGAUUACCCCGUCCACGUGGCUCUACGGCAGAGCGAGCCCAAGAGGCAUAUCAAACUUCUUCAAAGAAGCCCGAAAUUUGACGGUUCUGUCAAGAAUCGUGAUGGGAAGACCUUCACAGAUAUUCAUAUGGAAGAGGACCCUCAGCAGAAUAUCCUGGUAGGAAUGCCGCGUCUGGAUGCUUCCAAAGUUCACAUGAGGACCGUUCUCCUCCAAGCGCCUCUCGGAUACAAUGCCGUACAGAAACGGCUAGAAAAUGCCCCAUAUGGCAUCAGGGUGUUAUUCAAUGACCCAAACGCCCCUUGGAGUGCCCUCCGCCCUUCUGUGGACAAUAUGGUUGUCGAUCACGGUCUUCAUGGAAAUGAAAUACAUCUACCAACGCAGCCAGAGGCGAUUCCACGGGAAUCGGGGGACUUGCCGUUCCUUGAAGGAGCUAUCACAGACGAGAUGGAAGUUUCUUUUCCAGUUCAACAGAUGUACGCCCCAAGCAUAUCAGAUACGUCGGGUGGCGAAUUUCUCGCUGGCACAGGGAGUUGGGAUGGGCAUUCGGUGUAUUGGAAUAGGCAAUAG